GGGUAAGAAAGGAGGUGGCAUGGGCACCAGGAACGAUUGGGGCCACUUUUGGCCAUCUUUGAGACUGCAAGUUGGUCUACCAGCUGUCUUUUUUGGCUUCUGGACAUGGGCAUGCCUUGAACCAGUGACUUGAAGCUUUGAGCGUUCUUCGAUCCAAAUCCUUCCAUGUUAUUUCAGGCUUCUCGCCACCUUGGGCCUGUGGGUUGAACUGUACAAGUCUCCGAAGAUACAACCUCCCAAAUUUGAUGUUUGUGGCCAGUGUUGUUGUUGCAUGUGUUUGCUUUUGGUGUGAUGGGUGGAAUGUGGCUUGAACUUCCAUUUCUGCUGCCGUUGGCCCAGCUCGAUCUGGAAAUUCGUCCGAGAGACGACCGGAUGAGCUUUGCCGCUCGUUUGGCCUUGGGAUUUUGCCUCUGGCAGUGCCUUUGGCACUUCCAACUCUCGAUGUCCUACACGGUUCCGCCGGCGUUGCUGGAGCUUUUGGCCCGAAGGAGCCGAUCUCCAGUGCUCUACUUUGCAGGGAGCUUCAACCCGGCGCACGCGGGACAUUUGGAGGCCAUCAACGAGGCGAAGAGACAGGUGGCGAAGAAACACCGAGAGGCACCAAUUGUCCUGGUGGCGCCCAAGAGCGAUGAGCGGCUCGCAGAGAAGAUGAAGGCCGCAGGCAGUUUCCUUUUUCCCUAUGCGGAGCGUGUGAAGCUCUUCCAGUCGCUCCUCCGCUGCAACGGUGCUCACGACGUGGUCUUCGAUGGUCACUGGCGACACUUCACGGGCGACGCCCGGGAGAUCCGGGUCGCCACGGACCGGGCCUUUGAAGCUCUUGGCUGCGAGGUCUUCAGAGUGAUGGGUGAAGAUCGAGUAAAGGAUCACGGUCUCGAAGAUGAUCCUUUCGUCCUUCCCAGCGUACGGGCCAACAGCAUGUCCUCCACCGAAAUCCGACGGCUGCUGGUGGAGGAUGCCCCGGCUGAGCCGUAAAACUCCAUGUUCCUGAGGACUUUGGAUGAGACAAUGAGAGGUCCUACAGGCAUCCUAUACUUUGCAAGCGAACGAUUGUUUGCAAGAGACAUUUGACUGGCCAAUCCCAGAGGAUUCCUCAGAAAACGCAUCUUUCGAAACUAUUGGGACAUGUCAUAGAUGCAUUUUUUGCCGGUCCCAGUAGUCAGGCUUCGUGUCAAUGAGAGGCUUUGGAUUCCAUGUGCGGAGACUACAUGGCGGAAUGUUACCGACGCUCCUUCCAAUCGUCUCGCAGGAUUUGCUGGGCAUUCUUUCUGUGUUCUUUGUACGGUUUUCACUGUUGAUGGACCAUAUCAUAUCCGAUAUUAUCCGAUAUAUAGUGUUCGCGCAUAAACCAACUGCGGUCGUUGCACGCAGUGAAUCUCCAAGUUGCAAAUGCUCCUCGACCAAACAAACUGGAAACAAUAGGUGUGCGUCUUCUUUUCCUCGUAAACAGCCUUGACAGGUGCUGCCAAUGAGCAGCUGUACUCGUUACACCUUGUUAUAUCGCUGCUCCCAGGUUGGUAGUCGCCAAACGCCAUGCCGGUGGAUGCUAGAUGAUGCUAGGUGCUCGAAGAGGCAGCCCAGCAUCAGAUGGUGCCCAGUGACUACGUCGAUCGAAGGUUUGAAGCAGAUCAACCAGAAAUUGCUAGAACGACCUCGACCCAUAAAUUGAACGUCAAUGAUUUGAGUAGCUAACUCUUCGACUCCUGAAAUGGAUAUUAUGAUUCAUAUUGUUUGUAUUCUGUCUUCUUCACCUCAUGUUGUCCUCAUGUCUCGUUGCAGUCGGAAAAUAACCAAAGGAUUUGAACGCAGUCGGUCCGGGUCGAUGGCAGUUCGCGGUUCUGAGUUAGAAUCCGCUGCCAACUGUGCCUUCGGCACUGAAUGUUAGUCGGCAGAUUGGACAAAGAAGGGCGAAUGGGCAAAGGGACAGGAGGAACUGGGGAAAACCAGAAUGGGCACUCCGAGGGUACUUGUAUGGUUGGAGUCAAUAGUGCAGCAAUGGUAAUCUCCAUUGCACAAAUCAA